CCAUACCAUGGCAAACUUCGGAGUUUAUAGUCCGAUCAUUUGAAAUUUUCAGGGCCUAAAUAUGGCAUACAUAACUGUCACGUGGUAUAUAUAAGCACAAGAUUCUAUCUUAAAAUAUGAGUUUAUUUCUUCGUAAUUUUGAUGAAGGUAGCUAAAAAGUGAAAUAUUCGUUAUCAUAUUUUACAACUUUCAGUUCUCUAGCUUUUGUAGUUUCUGAGACGGACACGGGCUCUAGGCGAUGCCAUCUUCUGCCCGUUACAUACACUCGCAGCCAACCAGUAUACCCGCUAAAACGACUUUCAAUGGGUUAAGGGCAUAAUAAAAAAUGCCGAAUGUUAGGGGCGAUAAGAACUGUGCUCUGCACAGUUACCUGCAACCAUUUGUUUAACACUGGGCGAUAAGCUACAAAUGGAAUUCUCCGAAAUAAAUAGUGUUCAAUAAUUGUGCCGCGGCGCAGCCAGUCGAUAGUGGAGCGCGCAGCUGUCUAGGCGACUCUAGAUAUAAAAACUGUGCGGUGGCAAAGGUCAAGCUGCAACUAAAGUGUGAAGUGUGUUCAAAGAAAUUAACUACGAUUGCAUAUUCAAAAAAACAAAAUACUUCUUUCUGCAAUAAAAGAAGUUGGCAUUUGGGUGCAAAUUUAGUCGCGUGCACGCAUUCCAUCGUUAAUCUAAUCAUUGGCAGCGGCCAGCGCGAUAAUCUUGUUUAAGCCUCAAUCGGAACACCUGCUACGUGAGCCAAGCAUAAAGAUAUACAUAUAUACAUAUUAUGGCCGGGCAGAGCAAACUUGUGGACGCAGCCAUCAGGUGCAGCUGCCAUGAGUAUGUGCAUCCAUGGACAGCGAGCUGUUUCUGCGGUGCAUGCGGACUCUUUUUGGCCAGCAUACCCGCCUCCAUGCGCACCUACAGCAUUGUUUAUCUGCUUGCGCUGGUCAUGAAAAUGCGCAUACCCAGGCUGUUGGACCUCAAGCACACGAUUAUUGGCAUUUUCAAAUCGUCAGCCUUUCUCUCGACGAACGCCUAUCUCUUCACGCUGUGUGUGUGCCUGCUGCGUCGCCUACUGGGCGGCUUCCACUUCAGCACAGUCGCCUUUAUGCCCACCUUCAUUGGCAGCUAUGCGGCACUGUGCAUCGAGCGUCCGGCGAGACGUACUCCGCUGGCGUUGUAUGUGGCAAAUGAGGCCACCGAGGCGCUUUGGAAUAUGCUGGAGGCACGCGGCCUGGUGCGCUCCAUUCCGAAUGGACAAGUCUUGAUCUUGGGCUGCAGCCUGACAGCUCUGCUGUUUAUGUAUCGCCUGGGCGUGCACAAGGGCACCGUCAAGGAUGCCACCUUUAAGGCGCUGACAAUUCUCAUGGCCAGGGGGGAGGAGGGUCCAGUUAAAACGCCCGCUGUGACCACCACGCAAAGCACCUGCCGGCAGCCGCUCAACUUUCGCAGCAUCUCUGCCUAUGUUCAGCUGUACGAUCGCAUGCGCAACGCCAAGCAUCCCAGUUGUCCACAUCGGCAAGGCUGCGGCACCUACGCCCUGCUCGGCGGACUGAAGCCCUUCGUGGGCGGUGUGGGGCUGCAGGUGGGCCUAAAGCUGCUGUUGAACAUAACCAAGAUAGUCAAACUGAAGAUGGACUGGCGCAAACAGAUCUUCAACAAGGGCUCACUGCAGCUGGGCCUGGCCCUUGGCAGCUUCUCGCUGAUAUUUAAGGCAAUUUCUUGUGGGCUGCGCAAUGUUUGUGGGCAUGACAGCGCCAGCUUUGCCAUACCCGCCGGCCUGCUGGGCUCCAUUGGCCUGCUGCAGUUCCCCAACAUCACCAUUUCGUUGUAUGUGAUGUGGAAGACACUGCAACUGCUCUACAAUUGGGGCACCAAGGCGGGGGUACUGCCCGAACUAACGCACUUCAAUAUGAUAUUAUACUCGGCCUGCACAGCGCUGCUGUUCCACUGCGCCAUUCUGGAGCCAAACUCUAUUCGGAGUAGCUACUACAAGUUCCUGCUGACUGUUUCGGGUGGCAGAACUACGCGCUUCAAUGUACGCCCCUUUGAAGCGUACGGAUUGAAGAGCCAGAAUCAGAUUUUCGACACCAUAAAGAGGCUCAAAAUAGACAUGACGUCACCGUUUCCCACUAUGCCGCUGACCGUUUAAUGGCAGCAGCUCCAAAUAAUAUUCUUAAGUAAACAAAUAUUAAAAUAAAAAUAUAUAUAGAUAUAAUUGUUAAAAACAAGCUGCUAUAA